AUGGAUCAAACGGCGGAGGAGGAAAAGAAGGUAAGAGAGAGAAUCAGAAAGAAAGUUAACGAAGUCAGUUCCUUGUCUGAAUCUCUUCUUUCUCCUGUACAAGACCACAUCAAUUUCACCCUUCAGAAGGCAUACUUCAAAUGUGCAUACGAGUGCUUUGACAGGACAAGAACUCACCCUGAGAUUAGCCAUUGCGCGGAGAGUUGCAGUGUUCCGAUCACAAAUGCGCAGAACCAUUUCGAUAACGAAAUGUCUCUGUUCCAAGAGAGUUUGAAUAGAUCUCUUGUGGUUUGUCAAGACAAAUUUGAGGCUGCUAAGCUACAGAAGACGAGAAAUGAAGCGGUGAAUGAUUUGGAGCAGUGCGUGAACAAAACCGUUGAUGAUGCUGUGAAGACAUUGCCUAAUCUCGUCGAAAGAAUGAAGAAAGCUUUGUCAAUCACAGACUGA